AAUGGAGCAAAACUCAUUUAACGAAUGCCUCACUUAACAUACAUUUUGGGCUCCGUUGUGGUUGUAAGUCGGGGACUAGCUGUAUAAAGAAAUUAUAUGUAAAAAGUCUUCUGUGAUUUGAUGGCAUCCUACUCCCAAUAGGGUUGCACAAUUGAGGCCAAAUUCCUGAAACUUAGUGUGGGUACGGUUUCUUGUUAUUUUGAAGCACACGACUUUGGUAACAUAAUCCCCAAAGCGGGUUAAAUAUAGCUUAAAAAAAAUAAAAGGCCUCAGAAGACAUAAAUGAGAAAAAUUCCCACCUGCUUCUGAGUGUUUUAUGUGAGCAUUACUCACUAAAGGUUUACUCAUCUUUCGUCUGUAUUUACAGGCUGUUGUAAUACACCUGUUAUCCGAAAACCGAUUUUAGUUUUUGGGAAAUCCUUGUUUAAGCGCACAAACUGACUGGAAGGAUAUAAAAUGCAGCAAAAUUCACUUAACAACUGUCCUGUUUCACAGUGGAAAUUUUGGGAGCUCCGUUGUGGGUUUAAGUCGAUAUACUAUCUGUAUACAGGUCAUCCUCAAGUUACGACUGUAAUGGAGACAGUCAAAAAUCGGGUCACCCACGUGACUGACUCAGUGUUAUGUCCAUUUUGCAGCUCUUGUUGUUCAGCAAAUGCUACAGCUGUUAAGAGAACCAGCGGUUCAAUAUGGGCUGGUUUUGCUGAAAACCGGAAGUCAGUGCUGGUCGUAAAUGGGAAAACUGGUCAUAAGUUGCUUUUUUUCAAUGCUCUUGUAACUUCAAACAGUUGCUUAGAAGUGCACUGUUGCCAGUCCACCAGAAAGUUGGUGGAAAAACCCUUAUUGAAGUCAGUGGUAAACCCUUUGUUUGUGUGUGGCGGCCACACUAGCUGCACAAUUGAGCCUUUGAAAUUACUAGAAGUUGGGGCUGAUUGAAGGAAUUUGAUGUUCUUGCAGACUUUUAGGGCUGGGUGAAGGUGGGCACGGGAAACACGGUUUGAAGUGUCCUCUUAAGUCACCUGGGUUGCCAUGGUCACACCUGCCCAGCGCGCAGCGUACUGUUUGCCCGCACCUACAGUAUUGUUUGGUGUUUACCCAGAAAGGAGAAGUGGAUGAGAAAUAAGGAACAAGCUUUUGAUUGAACAAGCUUUUGAAACGAGGUUUCUGGAACUGAAAUCUAAAUCUUUUCCUGCCUUUUCAGAAGAUUUUUUAACUGGUCUUAUUCUGUCAAGAGUUCACGAAGGGAGGCUGAGUCAGCUAGCUAUGCAAGGAGUUUCUGACGAGAGGAAUUUGAGACCCAGGCAACUGCGGAAAGGGCAGAAGACAGCAGCGAAGGUCAGAGCAGCUGUGGAUUCGAAUCCUGCCCCAAUGGAGGUCCUGAAAAGGAUUGGAGAAGAAGCUGGGCAGCAGGGGCCCGACAAGGGAGAACCGAAAAGUGCUUCUUUAAAGGAUUUAUGCCCUGAAGACAAAAGACGCAUCGCAAACUUAAUUAAGGAGCUUGCAAGAGUGAGCGAGGAAAAAGAGGUGACGGAGGAGCGGCUGAAAGCCGAGCAAGAGGCCUUUGAGAAGAAGAUCAGACAACUGGAGGAUCAGAACGAGCUCAUCAUCCGAGAGAGGGAAGCCCUGCAGCAACAAUACCGCGAGUGCCAGGAGCUGCUCAGCCUUUAUCAGAAAUAUCUCUCCGAGCAGCAGGAAAAACUCACCCAUUCCCUUUCCGAGCUGGAGGCCGCCAAGCAGAAGGAGCAGCAGAUGUCUAACCAGAGACGCAACUGUCCCUUGGUGCCACCUUCAGACCUGGAUGGAUCCUACCUUGGUGUAGCUAGACUACAAACUAUGUAUAAGAGCCACAACGUGACUCGUAGAAGCCCUAGUCUUCAACCUUCAACUCGACUUAGUAGGAAUAGAGGCGUCCUUGGGGCUGGCAUCCAUGGAUGUCAGACAGAGGCUAGCAAUGGGGGUCUGUUGGAAAACGGAUUGCACCAUCAAUGCGACAACAUGACAUCUCCAUCCGAGCAGCAUCCGAGUCCCCAGUUUAGAAGAACUCCUAAUGGGGACAAGAGGAAGAGCGGCUGUCCCAUUCGGGGGUGUCCUCUCCAUCAAAAAUCAGCAAACCCGGCUCACAAGUCUUUCCAGGAUGGUUGCCACGUGCAGGACCGAUAUGCGCGACCCCCGUGCGAAUCUUCCUCGGAGUAUUUUGGCUCGCCGCACCCUCCGAGGCAGAAGGUCGGCGAAGUCCCGAGAUCGAAAGAAGGCGACCGCGAUCAAAACGUUUCCGAAGAGAAAAGGAAGCAGCUCCUGCUACAGAAAAUUGAGCUGGAGAUGGAGAAGGAACGUCUCCAGAAUUUGUUAGCAGAGCAAGAGGCGAAACUUCUCCAUCAACAAGAGCAGUUACAGAAGUCCAGGCGGGACUAUCACCGGUUUAAAGCCCACGCCGCCAAUUCAGACGAGGUGCUCCUGGGCGAAACCCAGAGGGGGCCGGGCUCCUUAGCGCCAGCCAUGAACGGAAUUUGUGAUGGCGUCAGUUCCCCCAAGGUGGGCUGCGAAGGUUGCCUUUUAAAGACACCCUCCAGGAGAAGCUUCAGGGCACCAGAAGGAAACGAAAGGAUCGAUUCGGGCAGGAGGAGCCUGAGCUUCAAUAGUGACGCAGACGGCCCGACUGCUUGGGAUAGCACGAAGAAGGAGUCCGCCAGGUCCAAACGAGGGACGUCCGGGAAGGAUUCUGCCACGUCUCCUGGAGUGACGUCCAUCAAGAAGGAGCUUGUAACUGCAGCCACCUCCCCAAUGCAGCAAGGAGCUUGGCGAUACGAGACGUCUCUCCUGGACCUGGUGGCUGCCAUGAGCCCAAGGCAGGAAGAUCACCACGGCUUCCCCGGAGGAAUCCAGCCCCAGAGCAGGAUCUGUGGGAAACCCAGCUGGAACUGCAAGUCGUCCAGGGCCAAGAACGGGCUGGCCGAUUUGGAAGAGAGCCGGAUUUUGGAGGAAAUCUUUUUCAUUUGAUGGGUCUCGCGGGGGGGGGCGCCUCCGAGGACUUGUUCCCUUUUUUCUCGUCUGCGUGUGUUGACGUGUUCAGGAUCUCGCUUUUAAAUUAUUUGUCUGACCCACGAUUGUCUCUUCCUCUCUCCCCUCCCUUAGAAAAGCCGAAGAGAGUAGCUUGCCUCUCUGACCCUCCCCCCCGAAUCAUGUUAAGAGACGCCACCUUUCGAAUAAACCGCAUGGAGUGUUAGUCGGAACUUUCUGGAGGUUUUUUUCCUCCGCCAGGAUUUCAUGGCUGAAGAGGGCGGAAAAAGUCACGCCGUUGUGCAAAGGGUGGGUGCUUCGUUACUGAGUUUUGAUUUUUUUUUUUAGUGGGGGAAACCGUUUUCCAAGGGUUAGUCUCUCCCCCCUCCCUCUUUCCCUCCCCUUCCUUCCUCCCUCCCUUCCUGCCUCCCUUCCUCCCUCCCUCUUCCC